AUGUAUUUGGAAACUAGAAGGGCUAUUUUUGUUUUUUGGAUUUUUCUCCAAGCUCAAGGAACCAAAGAUCUCUCCAUUAAAAUGGGUCAUUCUGAAACUAAAGACAUAGACAACACCCCAAGAAUUGAACCAGCUGAAAAUACUGCAAAAAUGUACAAAGUGUCAAUCAUGAGACAAAUAUUCGACGGGACAAAACAUCGAACAAAAAGAUCAGCGUUUUUCCCAGCUGGGGUUAAGGUCUGUCCACAGGAAUCCGCAAAACAGAUUUUAGCCAGUCUUCAAGCUUAUUAUAGAUUGAGAGUGUGUCAGGAAGCAGUGUGGGAAGCGUAUCGGAUCUUUCUGGAUCGCAUCCCUGACACAGGGGAGUACCAGGACUGGGUCAGCAUCUGCCAGCAGGAGACUUUCUGCCUCUUUGACAUUGGGAAAAAUUUCAGCAACUCCCAGGAGCACCUGGAUCUUCUUCAGCAGAGAAUAAAACAGAGUAACUUCCCUAAGAGAAAAGAUGAGAUAUCCACAGAGGAGAUAUUAGGAGAGCUUGGUGAAAUCCCUGUGUUUUCAACAGAUGUUGCCAAGGUCUCGCUUGGGCCCUUCCCUUUUACUCCUGAUGACACACUCCUCAGCGACACCGAGAUGCCUACAAUAAAAACAGAAAUAGAAUUCUCUACGAUAGCCGAGGGCCCCCUGGAGCAGAAGGUGGAGCUGAACAUCUCUCUGGCAAACCAGAAGUUCAAGGCAGAGCUCUCUGACUCCCGGUCCCCAUAUUACCAGGAGCUAGCAUCAAAGGCUCAACUUCAGAUGCAAAAGGUAUUUACAAAACUUCCAGGGUUCAAAGAAAUUCAUGUGUUAGGAUUUGGACCGAAGAAAGAAAGAGAUGGUUCCAGCUCCAUAGAGAUGCGACUUAUGGCCGUUUUUACAAGAGACAGUACAGAAGCAAAACGUCCUGCAAGUGACCUGCUGUUUUUUGAUUCCAACAAAAUUGAAAGUGAAAGAGCCCUUCAUGGAAUGAUGGAGGAGGACAAGCCACCAGAAACCUACCUAACAGCUUUAGACCUCAAAAAGCUGAUCAGCAGAGCCCUACAGGAAGACAAGUCCUUGCAUAUGGGGACAAUUCAGUUCACUGAUGAAAUUGUUGGGUCAUUGCCUGGCUCUGAUGCCAGCACCCAGUCAAUGAUGUCUACUCUCUUCCCUGAUAUCACAAAGGGUGCUACUUUGAGUCCAGGACUUCCUCUUGGUCAACCCAGGCUUGAUACAGUGGACAGAGAAGAACACAGUCUACCUGACAGUUCUCUGUCUCCACCUACCGUGGCCUCUACCUCCCUAUCAGACACUCUACCUUCCUUUACUGCAUCAAGCAGCUUCUCUCUGACUGAUCAAAGUGCCACAGACAUAGUGUCCAUAGACCAGAAGCUACUAAUCCCAGGGCUAACCAUCCCCACUGAUGAUUAUUCGGCCAUCAGCCAAUCGGCUGUGGAAAUUUCACAUUUGCCUGCAUUUUCAGAAGACAGCAGGUUGGGCACAGUCAACCAAGAUGUAGUCCCAGACUUGGGUGAAACAGAUCUAUCUAACACUCCCGCCUCUUCUGAGGUUCCAGGAUUCAGUGUGGAUGUCUCCACCCCAGACCGCUUCUUGGAGAAGACCACUCCUGUCCCAGCUCUGCAGUAUUUCACCACCAGCUCUAUGACCAGCACCACCAGAGGCCAAGAGCUGGUGGUGUUCUUCAGCCUGCGUGUGGCUAACAUGCCCUUCUCCAAUGACCUGUUCAACAAGAGCUCUCUGAAGUACCAAGCUCUGGAGCAACGGUUCACACAGCUGCUGGUUCCAUAUCUACAAUCCAAUCUUACAGGAUUUAAGCAACUUGAAAUACUUAAUUUCAGAAACGGGAGUGUGAUUGUGAAUAGCAAAAUGAGGUUCGCUGAGUCGGUGUCGUACAACCUCACCAAGGCUGUGCACAGGGCCUUGGAGGAUUUUUGUUCUGCUGCAGCCCAGCAACUUGAUCUGGAAAUAGACAGCUACUCUCUCAACAUUGAACCAGCUGACCAAGCAGAUCCUUGCAAAUUCCUGGCCUGCGGCAAGUUUGCCCAGUGCGUAAAGAAUGAGUGGACUGAGGAAGCGGAGUGUCGCUGUAGACCAGCCUACCAGAGCCAGGGGCACCGGGACCACCGGGAGGAACUGGGCCUCUGUGCCCCCGGAGAAGAAUGGGAGGUCAUCCAGGGAGAGGGAGCUCCGUGCAGGUUAUCAGAUCACUCUGAAAAUCGAGCACACAAAACUAGUGUCAAAAAGUUUAAACAUCAGCAAAGUAACAAAGUAACCAGGAAAAGAAAUUCUGAAUUACUGACUGCAGGAUAUGAAGAUUGGGAAAGAAGUUAA